AAUAGACAAGGCUCGGUCGAGACACCGUGUUCCCAACAUUUCUUGAGCACAGGUCACCCAGCUGCAGAGUGGGCAGUCACGCUUUUGUGGAACAAAGUCAGUCUCGCCGCCUCGAGAGGUGUUUGUUUCCCCUGAUGGAUCCUGGAUGCUCUGAAGACUGGCUGUCCGACAGCGCUAAAUCUGAGCCUGACCUUUCCCACAGGAGAAUGCAGCUAUGAAUAUUUACACAAUGGACAAAUAGCAAGUGCUCAAACUGAUAACGACUGAGAAGUCUCGUCUUUUCUUUUGCCUGGACUGAAUGAAUGGGUUCACCAACUCAUAAUCCUGAGCAAGUUCACCACUAGUUUUGCAUGUCAGAUGCUUGACCAACAGAGACAUGUCCAAUGACAGCUGCAACCUCCCUUUGGACACGGACACAUUUGGCCUGACCUGCAUCUAUGGAGUGAUCUUCUCUUUGGGUCUCCCCAGCAACCUGCUGUCUCUCUGGGGACUGUACCACCUAGGCCGCUCCGGUGGUGGAGGCUGCCAGCUGGUCUACAUCCUCAACCUGCUCCUGUCAGACCUCCUCCAGCUGCUCACCCUGCCACUGUGGAUCCUAUAUCUUCAAGGUGCACACCGCUGGCCCUACGGCCAGCUAACCUGCGAGCUGGUGGGCUACGUCUUCUACGUAAACGUCUACGCCAGCGUCAUGUUCCUGUGUCUGAUAGCACUGGACCGCUGCCUGGCCAUCGUGUACCCACUGAGCAGCCGCAGUGUGCGGACUGUCAGGGUGGCAGCAGUGUCCAGUGUUGCCGUCUGGACACUCACCUUCCUGUUCUGCCUGAGUGGGCUGCUGCCGUCACUGUUUGAUUCUGACAGGCGGCUGUGUCUGGAGCAGUACCCCGUCAGCCCUAGAUAUGCCCACUUCAAGAUCAUCACCGUGGCCCUCGGCUUUCUGCUGCCAUGUGCCAUACUAGGCUACACCUCAGCACACAUUGGGAUGACCCUCCGGCGAUCUCCAUCCCUCUCUGACCAUGAGCGGCACAAAAUUGUGGGCAUCCUUGUCGUGAUCACUGUCAACUUCAUUGUUGUGUUUGGACCCUAUCACCUCGUGGGUGGAUACAGAUUUGUCUCCUUGCUGCUGACUGAUGAGCCUUGCGGACUGGAGCGUUCCAUCUUCCUCGUCUAUCGCCUCUGCUACGGCCUGACCAGCCUAAACACCCUACUGGAUCCCCUCUUCUACAUCUUCUUGUGUCCUGAUGCUCGGCUAGAGCUGCAAAAAUCCCUGCCCUGUUUGGGAAGGGGGAAAAACGCCCGCAAAAAGAUAACCCUCAGUAUCACAUCUCACCCAGACAGCCAGGGUGAGAACGAAAUUGGACAUAAUAAUCUUCUACAACUCUGAUAGAAGAUAAUAUAAGGUGUAUUUAAACUUGGAUUUGACCACAGACCUGAUAUUGAGUCAAAGCAGUUGUGCCACCCAGUGGAAAUGCACAUUUAUACUUUCUGUGGAUGAGUUUCACCUCUCAGUGAAUACACUAAUUUGCCUCAGUGUUUCAACCUGCUGAGCUAAAGUAAUUCCUCUAGUUAAGAUUUUAGUUUCACAUGAACUAAAUACUGUCUCAGAGUAAGACGGAAAUGGAAACAUCUGUGUUUAUCACACACAGGUUUCAAAGUGUUAAUGCGUACUGUCCAUCAUUUUAAAAAUAGAAUAGCUGUGAAUCAGAACAGACACCUAAGGAUGAAGGUGCUGUGCUUGAAAUGUCACACUAUAACACCAUUUCUUUUUAUUUAUUAAUGUCACAGUAUUAAAACGUACAGUCAUUAUACGGACAAUGAAGCAGGUGAACGUUCUCUCUGUUGUGAGUACAAUGGAAAGAUUUAUAAAAAUAGCUAAAUCAUAAUGUAUCUCCAAAUAUUUGCUCUUGUCAGCUCAUAAUGACAACAUCUAGUGAGACACAUCUCGACUCUAAACUCCUUUUACAAAGAAAGAAACUAAAGGGAAGCAAUACUGUAGGGGCCAUUCGACCAAAUAUACACAUUAAUCCAAGUCAAAGCAGAAACUCACACAGAAUGCUGAAUCUUUUCAGUUUUUGUUUUGUUGCAGUUGUCAUUCAUUUGUCUACAACACUGACUACAUCCUUGGAUGCUCCUGGGAAUAUAUCAAUUUAUGCUGCAGUGAUAAUGGUCAGAUGUUAAUAAAGACCAGGUAGAAAAUAUUGAGGAGGGCUAUAUUCUAAUUUGAAAGUUUGUUGAAAUUAUAGUUCAUUGUGUUAAACAUAAUAAUGAUCUGAUGACAGAGAAUGGGAUUUAAUUCCUUUUUCAUUUGUUUGGGAUAUUUCCUCAUCAUUCAUUUACUUCUUCUGCUGCCAAAACAUUGGAAUAAACUGCCAGUAUUGUUAUUAUCAGUCAAAUGGAAAUCUGCCUCUGUCAUCCAUCAGCCACUCUCAAUGGCCUCAACCAUCACAUUCAUGUGGUGAACAGCUUCACACCUUGUGGAUGGGUUUUCAUUUGCAACAUCAGUAUAUGAAUUGUUGUGUUGCACUGACAGUAUCUCAACAUCAACUCAAAUAAAAACAACAACAACAAUAACAGCAAAAUGGAAACAAUAUGGAUUCAGGAAGUGACAGGAGGGGGGUGGAAACUCUUUCUCAGCAGCAGAUUGAUGAGUAUGUAAUGACUGUUGUACUGAUGAGAGCAAUGCUUUGAAAAGUUCAUUAUCCUCAAUGUGUAAAGACAACAUAUAAAAAUGGAUUAAGUUUUGUGUUUAAAUGAACAGCAAAUUCAAAAAGGAGUAGAUAAGGAAAACAUGAUAAGCUAUUGUUGCAAAGUACAAACUACAACAUUACAAAUAAAGGCCUGGCUCCUAUAUAGGCCUAUUUAAAAUAAAGACUGCGCAGAUGGAGUUACAUAAAAGCCUGGCCACUAUUAGAGAGUUUGCUGUACAUUUCCAUUCAGUUCUGAGCAAGCUCAGCAAGACUCUCAUCUUGCUCUUGCUCUUGCUCCUCUACUUUCAGAGUCAAGGUUGGAAGAGAACCUCUCGGUUUCAUCACAUUGCUGGUGGUGCUGAUAGAGCUGCGAGCGGUGCUGCGGCGUCGGGCCAGCUCUGCCAGAUCUUCAGCCAGAACACUCUCCAUCACUGCGCCCAGAGAAUGUCUUAUUUUAUUGCACAGGUCAGGGCAGCUGAACACAUACAGGAUGGGGUUCAGGACACUGUUAAAGAAACCGAUGGUUGCAGCAAUUGGUAGGGCCUUGCCUGCAAAUGUCUGUGCAGGAUGUGCAGCGGGGGCCAUCACCUCAAUGAUGAUGAAGAAGUGGUACGGAGCCCAGCAGAGUACAAAGGUCACCACCACGGCCACUACAAGCCGAACAAAGCGGUAGGGACGUCGACAGCCUCUGCGCGCCAAGCUGGCAUUCACAGCAGAAUAGCUGAGGAUGAUGAUCAGUAGAGGGAUCAGGAAGGCUAAAAAGAGCUUCAUGAAGGCCAAGGCCUCCUUGCGCUGCUUACAUAAAGAUCCCAGGUCAUAGGGCUCCCUGGGGAGGAAUCGAGCAUAACUGUAAUAAC